AUGAACCUUCUUAUUUGGUUGACCCUAUUUCUUUACACCGUGGAAGCUUCUCCUGGUGACAAGCUAAAACGGUUCAAGAGAUGUUUUCGCCAGUGCAAGCUUGUCAAUUGUGUGGUGGGGACCUAUGAUUCUGAAUGGGAGUUCACACCCUUUAAUGAACAUCUCAAGGUGCUAUACUGGACGUGCGAUCAGGAUUGUGAUUAUCAAUGCCAGAGAAUCAUAACUGCCGAAAGAAGGCAUAAAAACAAGAAUGUAUUGCAGUUCCAUGGCAAAUGGCCCUUUCAUCGGGUGUACGGGAUUCAGGAACUCGUUUCAAUGGUAUUUUCAAUUGGCAAUCUCAUCCCGCAUGCCAUUGGAUUAAAGAAAUUGCUCCAACAACUAAAAACCAGCACCUCCCACCAAGCCACCACGCAGACCGCAGUACUUAUAGCCCUGUGUGUGAUCACAUGCUGUGCCUGGGUGUUUCUGUCCAUUUUCCAUGUGAGAGACUUCUUGUUAACUGAGCGACUCGAUUACUUUUUUGCGGGCUUGACGGUAUUGAGUGGAUUAUAUGCCAUAACAAGUCGAUAUUUCCGGCUUUUUGAACCAGAAAACUUGAUCAAGCUUGUCAGCAGUACUGUUUUGUUCAUUUCCGUAUACUCGAUGCAUGUAUAUCGACUUGUGACUGAUUGGCUGUAUACAUACAACAUGCAAGCCAAUGUGAUAGUGGGAAUCGUGCAAAACUUGUUUAUGGUGGCGGUGUGUUUCGGGUUAUAUUCCCAGUACUAUCACGAUAAAAGCACAUCUACAAAUAACACCAUGUAUGCAAAGCGGGUGUUGUGGUCAUCGUUUUUCACUCGGUCGGAUAAGAUCUUCUCGCUAUAUCCGAUAUUUCUUGGAACCAUAGUGAUAUUGGGAAUGUCACUUGAAAUCUUCGACUUUCUGCCGGUGUUCCAUGAUCUAGUUGAUGCCCACAGCUUGUGGCAUUUGGUGACAAUCAUCCCCGCUAGUUACGGAUGGUACGAAUGGUUAAUUUGGGAUAUUAGAGAAAACAUUACUCCAAAGCAAAAAACGCAAUAG